AUGAAUGCCUGGCUAGCUGACGCCUCGAACCUCCCAAACCAUGAUAAUGGCGCUUUUCACCAGGCGACCAUUGAUCCCUCCGCAGCUUUCCUCCAUACCUCUCCCACUCCCCCGGAUCCGAAUCAAUUCCAGCGCAUGUUCAACGGUGUACCGCGAAAUGCGUCCCCUGGAUUCACCAAUCCUAACCAGGUAAUCCCAUCCAAGCGACCACGGCCGGAGGAUGGGAUGUCCAUGUCGCCUCGACAAGCCCCCGGUGGGUUGGCUGCCUCGCGAUCGCAAACUCCCCACCAAGUGCCUUUCCCCGGCUAUCAGGGACCUGUCAAUGGAGCGCCACAGUUUCCUCAUCAUCCGGCGCAGUAUCAGCACCUCCAACAGGGCGCAUCCCCAAAUGUCUCGCAGUCUCCCAUCAUGCAGGAUUUUGACCAAAAUGCUGUACAGAGGAUGGGAACUGCCUCCCCCAGCCCGUUUUCGUCGGCUGGCCCCCAUGUCGGCUCCCAUAUGUCCCCAUCGCAAUCGGAUCAUCCAAGUAGGGUGAACACGCCACAGAAUAACUCCUUCAUGCCUGGUCAGCCUUUCCCUCAGGGGAUGGGGCCACAAUUCUCCCCUCCUGCAAUGACGACCGCCAGUGUUCAGGCACCCAUGCAAGCGCAGUUUACUGGUAUACCACAACAAUACCAGCAAGCAAUGGCCGCUCAACAACAACAACAACAACAGCGAAUACAUGCCAUGCAAAUGCAAGGCCAAAAUCGCCCGAUGAAUAUGAAUCCGGCUAUGGCGGGACGGCCUAUGGCAGCGGGAAUGAAUGCUAUGGCUAAUCCUCAACAAAUGGCCGCCAUUAGGCAGAUGCAGCAGACCAUGUCAAAACCCCCCAACCCGGAGGGUUUCAUGCGGUCACUGCAGAAAUUCAUGAUGUCUAGAAGCUUACCUCUUGACCCUAACCCGAUUGUCUGCGGUCGACCCAUCAACCUUGUUCAGCUUUACGCCACAGUCAUGAAGCUAGGAGGCUCCAAGAAGAUAACUGCUGCGAACAUGUGGCCAGUAAUAGCCCAGCAGCUCCAGUAUCCUCCAAUGCAGUUUCCUAUGGCCGUGCAGGAGAUUCGAGAUCACUACCAGCGAAAUCUAGCUGCUUAUGAGCAAGUUUUCCUGAGCACACAACAAAAGCAGUUUGCCGAGCAAGUCCAGCAGCAGCCAUCCAUACCACGGCAGCCUUCUGAUCCAUCAGGCCUCCAGUUCCAAUCACCUGCAGCCAAGCAGGGCCAAGUGUUCGAGAACCCUCAGCAAUUAGGACAAGUGUCUCCUAAUACUGCAUUAACUCCGAACAAUGCGCAACAAAAUGCUUCAAACGGGUUCGCCACACCGACGCAAGUCAAGGCACAAAGUAAACAACAAUCGCAACAUCGCCUCAGUAUCUCUCGCCAAUCUCUGCCACCAGCAACUCCCCACGAUCUAAAUGGCCAAUUAUCGACACAGUCGCCCGUUCAGUCCGAGAAAGGCCUUAGCUCAACAACGGGAAAGCCUUCUGAUAUUAAUGACCAGUCGUCUAACCAACCCCUUAAGCAUCCGAUUGAAGAGACCUUCAAACCUAUGGUGCUAGCGGAAAACAACAACCUUCAUGGACCGAUCGCUCUGGAUGAAAUGUAUCAAAUUGGGGAAGAUAUCUUGAGACUGAAGCCUAACGUGCCUACGUUUGGAGAGCUUGGAGUUAUUGACAUCCACGCCCUAACGAUGAGUAUCAAAUCAGGUAUCCACGCAGAGAUGCGCAUGGCACUGGAUACACUAGUUGCUAUUUCUUCUGAGCCGGCAAUCCAGAUUUCACUUGACAACUGUGAGGACCUGGUUGAUAGUCUGAUGGAAUGUGCGGAAGAUCAGGCCGAGUUGCUCGCAGAACAUUCCCCAGAGGUCUCCGAUAUGAUGCUAUUACCGUCUUAUGAAGAGAUCACACGCGGCUGCCAGUCCGAAUGGACUUCCCUAACCUCCGUUGCCGAGUUUGGAAGCCUUGAGUAUGAACUGGAUCGUGCUGUUGAUAGACUUAUCUGUAUCACCACCAUCCUACGGAACUUUUCUUUCAUCGAGUCCAAUUUUGACAUCUUAUCAACACCGCCUGUUGUGCAGUUUAUUUCGACCAUUAUUCGUUAUCUCGGGACUAGGAACAUGCUCUUACGAACUCAUCAGAACACCUUGGAUUUUAUGAAGGACACUGUCACAUAUCUGAGUAACGUGGGUCAUGCUAUCCAUCUACCAAGUAAGGAGGAGACAGAGAGCCUCCUACACUUUCUCCUGUCGUUUGCUCCAUUCCCAGGACCAGCAAUUGCAUCAGACGGACUCAUGUUCACCUCUUAUAACCCUUCGGUACAUAAAUAUACACCCGCUGCCGUUGAUAGUUUGGCCAAACUUCUUGCCCGAGAUGAGCCAAACAGAUCGUAUUUCCGCUCGAUUUUCUGUCCCGAUGGAACCCCUCAACCAGAAUUGCUUACUCGAGCUUUUGCUCUUGCGAUCUGUCCUGUUCCUGACCAACCUAGGAAACCGCUGGCGAUCGCCGAUAUUCGCAAAGUCUUCCUUAUGCAAGGCCUCUUGGCGGCAGAUAUUAUCUCAGGGUUCGCCGACGGAUCAACUGCCAAAGCCUGGCUUGAGUCUGCUGAUGGGUUUGCCAUACACCUCCUUCGCCUCUCUUGUCUCCUCAGUACAGAACGAGUUCCUCCACCCAACACGAAUGCGCGGCAAUCCCAUGCCGCUCGAGCUCAGGCCGAAGCCGAAGCUGCUGCUUAUUCCUCUAUCAUUAAUCGGGGGUUGGCAAUUCUUCGGCGUUUAGCCGAGAAAUCAAAGUAUGCUGAUACAAACUCUACCUUGAGGUUUCCCUCAGGGAUUCUUCCCAGAAAAGAAAGCUUGUUAGGUGCACUGCUGAUGCCAAACGUCGAUCCGGGCGUUGUUCGACAAUUGAUCACGUAUGCACGGCUUGCGGAAUAA